CAUGCGCGAACGCACGGGACACAGUCUAAGCACAAACACGCUUACUUUAAGCGAAGAGGAGAGAUUCGCGAUUGCAAUGAACACGUUUUAAGUGCAGGCAUAUUCUCUGAGCGAGCGCAGAGAAAAUUCUUUCAAGAGCAGCGUGUAUCUGAGAGCGCGCGCCCAGUUCCCGCGCGCGAGCAGAGGGAUUCGCGCUCGGCGCAUUAUAUUCCGCGCGCGAGCAGAGGGAUUCGCGCUCGGCGCAUUAUAUUCCGCGCGCGAGCAGAGGGAUUCGCGAUCGCGCAUAACAUUAAUGUACUUUCGCGCUACAAUAAUGCGCUCUCGACAUUUGACAGGGAAAUAACGCCAUAUAUGGGAAGCCAAACAAAGCAAAAGUGGGACGAGACAGCGGGGGUUUACAGAGCUCGCGCCGCGCUGACAUGUCAUCUGCGCGGUUCAAUGGUCCGAGCCGCGCGGCCAGUUCGUCAGCGCAGCGCGGACGUGUUUCCUAGCGACACCCAAUGGGCAGCGCGGCGCGAACAAUCCUCAACAGCGCUGCGCUGACCAAUUUAAACAGCGCAGCGCAAACCAUACAUGCAAAUUAAUGUACAAUAAAGAAACCCCUCCUUCCUUACCAAAAAUUGGUUCUCUGCUGAAAUUUAGCAGUUUUUCCCUACAGAAGACAAAGAAGAAGAAAGACAACAGCUCUGUAAACCCCCGCUGUCUCGUCCCACUUUUGCUUUGUUUGGCUUCCCACAGAAGCUUUCGGCUUCAAAAAUUAUUAUCAAGAUGGUAAAAGACGAACAGCGCUUUGCAAGACAUGCAACGUUAAGAUCGCGGACAGCCAGACGACAACCUCCAAUUUCGUCCGCCAUUUGAAGAGUCAUUCUGCCCAGAUACUCUCUAAACUGUAAAACAUGCAUACCAGACCAGACAGGUACUUGUGUAGAAAAAACGGAGACAUGCCCCAGUGGAUUUUCAGAGUGUAUGAGUUCAAAAGUGAAAAUAACUGGUGUCUCUACUCAAAUGAAAAUAAAGACUUGUGCUCAGCCAAAUGAUUGUCAAACUGGGAACAUGAACCUCGGUAACAUUAAGAUUUCUUCUUCAUGCUGCAACACUGACAGCUGUAAUGACAAAGAUGCUCCAGAUCCCAGCUCUACCCCCAAUGGGAAGCAGUGUUACACUUGCAAUGAUCCAAACUGCUCAAACGUGUUGAGUUGUUCAGUCAAUGAAGACUACUGCAUUAAAGCGUCAGGGUCUUUUGGCGGCGUGUCAACUAUUGUAAAAGGAUGUGUCUCUAAAUCUGUCUGUGAUGCUGCAACAUCGGUUCCAAAUCUUGUGGAUGUCACAUGCUGUCAGGGGAACCUGUGUAACAGUGCAAAGAGCUUCACCCAGAGCUUCAUGCUUCUCUUGUUGCCACUGUUCUCCUACACCCUGUUUCACUGAGUUUCACAAAGUGUAUGAACAUCUGGGUUAAAAGGUCCCCAGUGAUUUUGGUUACAGUGAUUUUGGUAAAUAUAGGGACAAUAGUUAUAUCACAAAAUUGGUCAACUUAGGCAUAUACUUUUGAUGUUUUUUUGAGUAACAAUAUAGAAUAAUGUUUACUCAUUGUGAGUCAGUUUCCAUCACAGGAUUUGAAUGUGUUCAAAUGACUUAUUUCUUGUUUUACUCCACUUUUCAAUAUAUAUUGGUGUUUUAUUUUGCAAAUGUUUUAUGCUUCCUAUUAAUUGGUGUUUCAACUCAAUCUCAUGUUCUUAUGUAUUUAUACAAUAAUAUUGUAUUUAAGAACGGGAAGUCAAGGGUUAAAUUGUUUUUAACAAAAUGGUGUAAAACAAUUGGAAAUGGUGGGAAAAUGUUGUAUUUAAGCGAGAGGGAAAAAAGAUGGGCAACCAGUGUUGGAGCACAUGGACAAGGUUGUUAGCGCUGUUUGAGCACAAUGGAAAUGCUGGUCUCCAUUGUUAAUGAGGGAAGUGGGUACUGCUUUAAUAGCAUAAACAGGUAGCUUUUAGACUGUUUUUAAAAUGACCUUGGUUUAUUUGCUAUUAAAGGGGUCAUUUUAUUUUUAUUUUAUCAUUUUAUUAUCUUCCAUGGGGUCCACUUAUAAUGUUAAUAAAGCUUUUUGCAACAAACAGUCAUAAUUGAGUCAUAAUUGAGUCAUAUGUAAUAAUGUUCCACCCUGUCCCUGUCUGAAAUGCUCGGUGUGGCCCUUUAAGACUUCAAUGUAAACUCCCACUGUUGUGAUUGGCUAACGUCAUACUAUGGAGUAAAUUUCCCACCCAAUGUAUUGCGCUCACAGAUCAAAAAAUAAUAAACAGUCAUCUGACAUUUUUUGCUCUUAUUUACAUUUUUUGCACACUUGCUGUGAUAAUGCAAAUUCACUUAAUUUUCAUUAACCUGUGUUAUUUUUUUAUGCCCUCAA